CCUUCUCCUUACCAGUCGCCAUGGAUUACCUGCCCGAAGAGCUUCUCUUGUACAUUGCAACGUUCCUCGAGCCUCAUGAGCUGGUCAAGCUCCAAUCCCUUUCCCGCCGCUUCCUUGCCAUAGGCCGCGACAGCAACAUCUGGAAGUCGAGAUGUUUCGAAAAUUCCCGUGCCGAGGCGUUCCGGCGCCGCCAACAACUCAUGUCACGCAUACAGCCUCAUCUGGCCGACCUUGCGCGAGCUGUAGAAGAGCGCAACGGCAAUGCGUCGAACGCAGAACUGCCCGCCCAUCGCAUGGCCGCCACCGAGAAGCAGAGAGCUCUCGCCAACUGGGAUCCCUCUUACCACGGCGAAGACGUCAACUUCUAUCAGGAGUAUAUCGCGAGACACGCGCCCAUAAGUACCAGUUGGCUUCAGCAAGCCUACAUCGGCUCUGGCGAUGAAAGGGAACAUUACGAAGCUACUGGCGCCGGGAUACUAUACGAUGAGGCCUCACGCAUAGCAGAUAGAGUUUUUGCGCCAAUAGACGAUGGAAGCAUAUGCGUGUGGAACGUCAGCCCCCUGGACAAAGGAGGAAUCAUGACGCAGCAGGGUGCUGUCGUUGACCGAACGAUUCCUGGUCUUCUCGCAGGGAGAACCGCCGUCUCAGACAGAGCUGCGCGGGCUGCACAGUCCAAGGCGAUCAUGACGGAGACUGGCGCCGUAGAGUGUGUCAGCGUCGACAGUAGACAGAAAAAAGGCUUCUUUGCCGUCAUGCAAAACUUGCACGAGGUCGAUCUCAGUACGUUGCAGAUUAUCUCAACAAAGUCCUACCCUUUCUCAAUCACUACGCUCUCGGAGGCCAGACAUCCUACUCCGCUCACCGUGGGGACAAACAUGACUAUCCAUCUCCAUGAUUCGCGUGAGCCUGGGCAGCACAGCGAGUCCACGCUUUCUGUCCGAUGUGAGCUCAUAGGAGGCAAACCGCUGAAGAAUGGCUUCGACAACCUCACCUCUGGCAACAUGACUACUGGGCAUGCCAUCUUGUCUCAACCCGGUCCGCUCUCCAUAUUGCACCUUCCUGACCGCGAAUGGGACGGAAAUGGUGACAUUUGGGUGGCCGGACGCUUCACCAGCCUUCUUAACUACGAUCGACGCUUCUUCCCCCGCUUGCGGGGAACUGUUCACUCCGGCGCCCGUCUAUCAAGCAUGAUGUUGUUACCGCAUCCUUUUAUCCCACGUAACCUUGGCUAUCAUAGCAUCUUUUCCAGCAAUUCUUACAGUCUCCGGGAGGCCAAAUCAGUCACGGGGCACACAAUCGUUGCGGCGGGCGAAUACAAGGGCAAAGGCUCCCUCGAACUUUUUGGCCUCUCGUCAGAUCCACAACACACCAUCCUCUCCAGCGAUAGUAGUUCCGCCUGGAGGAAUAAGAAUGCUUGCAUGCAGAACCGACAGACGGCGUCAAGUUCGAAGCUCCUCUCCGUAGCCACUCACGGAGCAAGGCUGGUUUAUUCCGAUGGCGAUGGCAAUAUCAAGUGGAUGGAACGUGAUGGGUUCACACCCGUCCGCCAAUUCAAUAUCAAUCCUGACGCACCGCAGACCGAGCCUACUGAUGACACGGGGCUAUUCUCGACAUCUACACAAGCGUAUGGCGAGGGUGACAUUGUGCAGAAGAUCAUGCCGACGUUGUCUCGCAGUUCCUUUUCUGGACGAGAAACAACGCCGCUCGAUCAAGAUAAUCUGCUCAUCUGGACGGGAGACGGCAGGCUUGGUAUGGUGGGAUUCGGCAACAAGCCAGCAUUCAAACAGGAGGACUUUGAGGAAGCAGCUGAAACGGCGGAGGAGGAGGCGGAAAGAGAGAAGGAGAAGGAGUAUGGAGCAACGAUGCGGAAAGCUUUAGAAAGACAGGCGGCCGAUGUCAGGUUUGUGAGGGGGCUAGGUCUAGGUACCAGCUGGUGAAUAGGCUAGGGAUGAUAGACGCGGGACAUGAUACCAUGAAUAAUGAAUUGUAUAGUUCCCAAC